AUGCACGAGGGGUAUGAGAAGAUGUUAAGUAAGGCGGAGAUUAGAUUGGAGAGGAUUUAUGAGGCUGCGGUGGAGGGAAAAGACGAGGCAGAAGAGUCAUUUAGAGAGAAGGAAAAUGGCCCUCAUGAGGGGGCAGAGGAAAUGAACGAAGAAGUGGGAAGGAUUCCGAGGGAUGCAAAGUUGGGGAAGGUGAUUGAGAUGAUGGAUUUAGCGGGAAGAAGAUUGAGGUUGUUGCCAGAGGAGUUUGGGAGGUUUAAGUCAUUGGUUGCGCUUAAUUUGUCAAACAGUCUGCUUGAGGUUAGAGUUUGCAUAUGA